AUGUCUCGUCCAGACCUCUAUCUGUCGGGAACGACGAUAUCCCCUGGAUUCGAGAACGCACGGGAGGGCAUUGAUAUUCCAGUUGCAAAUGGACUAGUUAAGCCCGGCACUACCUCCUUUGGCACGCAGCUCGUCGCCAGGAAUGAUCACGGAGGGCAUUAUAGCAUCGAGCCGGUUAGCGAAAUGACGCUUACAGCUUACACGACACAACUACAACAUCUCAAUUCGAGAGCAGAGAAAUACUUGUCGAGUACCCAGGGUCGGACUGGGGGGCUCGCGCUUCCGAAGCAAUCAAGAAAUAAGGACAAGGCAACUCGCUUUAUCUUCAACGCGCUGGCUUCUGUCGUCCAUGAAAAUAUACCCGUCCCCAAGAUCUCCGACUGGGAUGACAGCGACUACACCUACCUCGCGGUCCUGGCUCAAUCUCUUGAGGACGGCAGCCUCCCACUGUCUGAUCUGGUUUGGGAUCCGGAAGAUGUGUUGAAGAAGGAGAAGGUAUUCACCGCUGCCGCUGUGGCGGCGUACAUGGAAAAGGAAGAGACGGCCAGACUAGGAAUGGGAGACGAGGAUGACGAGUCUGAUCUAGCGAACGACCACGCACUCCUGCGUACGGUACUGGAAUUCGACGACGCGAGAAACCCACUUGCCGAGAAAUAUGCCUGA